AGGAACGCCAGCGGCGGUUUAAUCGGCUGCGUCACAAGGACAAGCUGGUGCCGGUCUUCAGUGGACCAUUUGUGGGCAUCCCCAGACUUGAGCACCCGCUCCGUGAGUGUGAUAGAAUGGAGCGACUGGCCUGCGCGCUUGAUGGCGCCUCAUUCACGGCAAUGAUGGAGCAAGAGAUGCGGGGACUGGGCUCCGCCGCGGCAUUGAUCUCCCUUUCCGACGCCAACAGGAGCGGGUAUAGAGGCGGUGGCACGGUACCAACAGAAAAUGCAACGGCGGAGUCGUUGGACGAGAGGGUGCUACAGCAGCGGCUGGUUGCGGCGGCACUCCGUAACCGUCGUGAUAUGCUUCCCGAUGAAAUUGACGCCAUGCACGCCAUCAUUGCAGCCAACGGGAAAAUAUUUCCCAAAGCCAUUGUUGAGGCGUUGCAGGAGCAGCAGUUGUGCGCGGGAGUUGCGCGGGCGGAGAUUCUUCGCACCAUUCGACGACAUUAUGAACUAAAACACAAAACGAUGGUGCGGCGCCCUGAGCCAUGGUCCCCGACGGACGAGCGGCUCUUCAAAAAGCGACUGCGGCAGAUGACAGGUGGAAGCAAUGUGAAUAGAAAACGCAACACGAAUAACCUCACCCAAAGCGCGAGCAACAAAGAUCAUGAUGAUGAUGAUAAUAACAGUAAUAGUAAUAACGUCGAUCAGGAGCGAGGCCGCGAUGAGGAGGAGGAGGCGGAUGAUUACGAGGAUGACGAAGACGUGCCUCUGCUGGAAAUUGCAAUUAAGCGGCCACGUGCGGCGCGUGAAGCGAUUGAGGGUAAAAAUGAAUGA